AUGAGGGCUUUGCUGCUCCUGGGGUCCCUGAUGGCAAGCCUGGAGUUGGCGCUUUCGACUCCUCCUUGGAAAGCCCCCAAGCAGCAUAAGCACAUAGCAGAGGAGCACAUGGUGGUUCUCACAGUCACCGGGGAGCCCUGCCACUUCCCCUUCCAGUACCACCGGCAGCUGCACCACAAAUGCACCCACAGGGGCCGGCCAGGCCCACGGCCCUGGUGUGCUACCACCCCCAACUUUGAGCAGGACCAGCGAUGGGCAUACUGCCUGGAGCCCAAGAAAGUGAAAGACCACUGCAGCAAGCACAGCCCCUGCCAGAACGGAGGGACCUGCGUGAACACGCCAAGUAGCCCACACUGCAUCUGUCCAGAACGCUUCACUGGGAAGCACUGCCAGAGAGAGAAGUGCUUCGAGCCUCAGCUUCUCCAGGUCUUCCAUGAGAAUGAGAUAUGGUAUAGGCCUGGGCCGGCAGGUGUGGCCAAGUGCCAGUGCAAGGGUCCCGAUGGCCACUGCAAGCCGCUGGCCAGCCAGGUCUGCCGCACCAACCUGUGCCUCAACGGCGGCCGCUGCCUGGAGGCGGAGGGCCGCCGCCUGUGCCUGUGUCCCGCGGGCUACGCUGGUCGCUUCUGCGAUGUGGACACUGAAGCGAACUGCUACCACGGCCGCGGGCUCGGCUACCGCGGCACGGCCAGUACUACGAUCUCGGGCGCACGGUGUCGGCCGUGGGCCUCGGAGGCCACCUACCGGAACGUGACUGCAGAGCAAGCGCUGAACUGGGGACUGGGCGACCAUGCCUUCUGCCGGAACCCGGACAACGACACUCGUCCGUGGUGCUUCAUGUGGAGCGGCGACCGACUGGGCUGGGAAUAUUGCCGCCUGGCACAAUGCCAGGCCCUAGCCCCGGCGGCGCCCCAGAUCCCGCGUCCGACCCAAGUUCCCUCUGGGCACCAGAACCUCCCCUCACCCUCGCUCUCGGCAUUGCCGAAGCCUCAGCCCACGAUCCCGACCCCAGCCUCGCACGCGACGCCCGAGCAGCCGAGUCGUCUGCCCAGCACCGGCCCAACCGGCUGCGGACAGCGGCUCCGGAAACGGCUGUCCCCGCUGAGCCGCAUCGUCGGGGGACUGGUGGCGCUGCCCGGGGCUCACCCCUACAUGGCCGCGUUGUACUCGCGCCACCGUUUCUGCGGCGGCUGCCUCAUCGCCCCCUGCUGGGUGCUGACGGCGGCUCACUGCCUGCAGAACCUGCGGGCGCCCGAGGAGCUGACGGUGGUGCUAGGUCAGGACCGCUAUAACCAGAGCUGUGAGCAGUGCCAGACGCUGGCCGUGCGCGCCUACCGCCUGCACGACGGUUUCUCGCCCACUACCUUCCAGCACGACCUGGCUCUGCUGCGCCUGCAGGAGAGGGCGGACGGCACCUGCGCCGUCCUGUCGCCUUUCGUUCAACCCGUGUGCCUGCCCAGCGGCGUUGCCCGCCCUGCCGAACCCGAAGCCGCGCUCUGCGAGGUGGCCGGCUGGGGCCACCAGUUCGAGGGGGCGGUGGAAUUUUCUAGCUUCCUGCAGGAGGCGCAGGUGCCGCUCAUUCCUCCAGAGCGCUGCUCCGCCCCUGACGUGCACGGAGCCGCCUUCGCCUCCGGCAUGCUCUGCGCUGGCUUCCUCGAGGGCGGCACCGACGCCUGCCAGGGUGACUCCGGGGGCCCGCUGGUGUGUGAGGACGAGACCGCAGAGCGCCGGCUCAUCCUGCGAGGCAUCGUGAGCUGGGGCACAGGUUGUGGCGACCGCUACAAGCCGGGUGUGUACACAGACGUGGCCAACUAUCUGGACUGGAUCCGGGAGCACACGGCUUCCUGACUGCCCAGGGACUGUCUUUCUCUCCUGGGCGAUCGUGGAAUGGGAGAGUGGCUGGGGCGUGAUCACGGACAGACCGCAAGGAUUAUGUUCCAUUCCCCCAGCGCAGCCAGCAGAGAGCCAGGCAUGGUGUGGGCACUCAAUAAAGUGCUUUUAAAGAUG